AUGGUUGACAACAUCUACAAUGACAUUGAGCAUAAAGCGCCUGUAAGUCCUGGUCAGGUGGCGCUUCUUUUAAGUAUCCUGUCGAGUGCGAUGUAUACGUGGACUCGGAAGGACUCAGAAAAUGCACCAUUUGCGACUCCCUCGAAGAUGAAUGCAACAUCUUCUCUGUGGGUCAAAGGAACUCUUGACUUGCUAGAUCACUGUCGGCGCCAAUCCCUUCAAUCCAUCGAAGCCAUCCAGGCAAUGAUCAUCAUAUCCUUUGUCAUUGCUAAUCUGGAAGGUAUCACUGCUCGAUUCCGUGACCUGUUGUCAACAGCCAUAACAGCAGCGCGAGAACUCUCGUUGCACAAAGUCGACCGUCAAUCGGGAAUAGAAGGAAGGGAGGAAACACAUGCUGACUCUGUUGACGCUGAAAUGAAGCGAAGAGUAUGGUGGUAUUUGGUUGCUACGGAUUGGAUGGCAUCACAAUUCCCUGGUCCACAUAGAGGCACGUACAGCAUCAACCCGCUACAUAUGGUGGUCUUAAAGCCUCGCAAUGUUGACGAUGAAAGUCUUAUGGCUGGUUCCCCCAUCGUUGACCGACCGAUGGAGCAACCUACCGAGAUCUCAUAUAGCCUUCAGCGUAUCAAGCUAGCGGAGAUAUGUCGGGAAGUCAUAGAUUCUUCUUCACUGACCACAUUCAAUGACGGCGAUAUUGAGUCUGGGCGGCUUUUGGGGGUGGACCAGCGUAUUGUUACAUUCAUCGGACAAUUACCACAGUUCUUCCGCCUGGAUGGAGAUGCCCUCGACAGCCUCAUCGCCAAGUAUCCGAACAUUGCACCGGGGAUAAUGAUACAGCGGUACAUCAUCAAUUCCUUGGUCCACUCACAACGGUGCCGACUACAUCUCCCGUACUUAGCCCGCGGCUUGGUCGAUCCGAUGUAUGCCCCCUCAAGAGAGGCUUGCCUGGAAGCGGCUCGGUGUGUCAUACAGGCAGAAAGAAUGCUGGCAAGCGAGGAUAUCCCCUUUGUGCUUACGAGACUGAAGUUCUCCGGAAUCUUGCAGUGUGUUGGCAUCGCGAUCACAGCCCUCUUUCUGGACAUGUGUCUUUCUCAGGAACCUGUACCUCGGCAAGCGCGCCGGGCGGAAGUGGUCGAUGCAUGUGGCAUUCUGAAAGACGCCACAAAAGACUCUCCUGUUGCCAUCAAGCUUCUUGAGUCGUUCCAGCAAGUUGUGCGAAAACAUGAUAUGUCGGUCAGCGAGGUCAUUUCUGAGUCCCUCUGUGCCGACAACAGCUCAUCCAGCCUGACCGACACUAUUGCCAACGAACAGGACAACAUUCCAGCUCUUCCCCACCUUGAUGAGAUUUGGCAGAUUUCGCAAACAGACACGAAUAUCCAAACAUUCGAUUGGGAUGCGUUGUUCCUCGAACUUGAUUGUCCGAUGUUGUCUAGCUAG